CCCCUCUCUUUCUGUAUGGCCUAUCCCCUCCUCUCGACUCUCCUUAAACCCAUCCUCUCUCUCUCACUCUGCAACUCACUCUCUCCCUGCCAUGGCCUUCGCCUUCUUAUCAUGUCCCAACCUUCACUCUCCUCACCUCCACUUUCUCUCUCUAAAACGCCACAAAACAUUUCCCAAACCUUUACUUUCUCUACCCGCUCUCUCCCUCCCACUCACAGUCCGACUAAUCGGGCCACCGUCUGCAAUUGGACCCGACGGCAAAUUCUACCCUGACCCAUCAGACGAUGACCCACCUGAAGCUCCGGAAGAUUCCGGCCAUGGAGUUUCCAAGUUCCAGCAAAUUGAACGCCAGGCCUCCCGUGCCCGGAAGCUCCAAGAGGAAGACUUCAAGAAAAACCAGUCCACUUUCCUCGCCGCCAUCGCAGACGUCGAGGACUCUCCGGAUAAUGCCGGGUCUGCUUACACGGAUGAUUCCGGGGACGAUUUGUUUGGCGAAAUCGAUAAAGCCAUUGCCAUGAAGCGCAAGGAGUAUGUAAAGCAAGGGCUUUUGGCGCCUAAUCCCAAGAAGGAGUUGGAGGUUAUUGAAGAAUUGGAGCCGGACGAGGUCGUUGAUUUGGAGGAGAUUGAUGAGCUUCAAGGGCUCAGGGUCGUUUCUGAGGAUACGGAUUCAGAAGAGUCAGAUAACUUUGAAGACGAAAGCGAUGAACUUGGUACCCGCGAGCGCAAUUCUUCUGUAAGUUCUUCGUUUGAUUUGGAUUUUGAUAGUUAUGGAAAAGCUAAGGCUAGAAUAAUGGAACCCAAGUUCAAAAUGAGCUUAGCUGAGCUUUUGGAUGAGAGUAAGGUUGUACCUGUAUCUGUUUAUGGUGAUUUAGAGGUUGAGAUUACUGGGAUUCAACAUGAUUCUCGGUUGGUUUGCUCAGGUGACUUGUUUGUUUGUUGUGUUGGAAGAGUGACUGAUGGUCAUUUGUAUUUGAGUGAGGCUGAUAAGAGAGGGGCAGUAGCUGUGGUGGCCAGUAAGGAGAUAGAUAUAGAGGAUACCAUGGCCUGUAAGGCAUUGGUGAUUGUGGAAGAUACUAGUGCGGUUCUUGCUGCUUUGGCAGCCUCUUUUUAUAGGUAUCCGUCUAAGAAUAUGGCGGUUAUUGGGGUAACUGGGACUAAUGGGAAAACGACCACUACAUAUCUGAUAAAAAGCAUGUAUGAAGCAAUGGGGUUGAGGACUGGAAUGUUGACUACAGUGGGAUAUUACGUUCACGGGGACAACAAGUUAGAUGCUCCAAAUACAACUCCCGAUGCUGUUUUGAUUCAAAAUUUGAUGGCAAAGAUGCUACAUAAUGGGUCUGAAGCUGUUGUUAUGGAGGCUUCUUCUCAUGGAUUAGCUUUAGGAAGGUGCAAUGAAGUUGAUUUCGAUAUAGCUGUUUUCACAAACUUGACAAGAGACCAUAUGGAUUUUCAUGGGACUGAAGAGGAGUAUAGGGAUGCUAAGGCUUUGUUAUUUUCGAGAAUGGUGGAUCCAGAACGGCACAGGAAAGUUGUUAACAUUGAUGAUCCAAAUUCUUCUUUCUUCAUUUCGAAAGGGAACCCUGAUGUCCCUGUUGUGACCUUUGCAAUGGAGAAUAAAAAUGCGGAUGUUCAUUCUCUUAAGUUUGAACUCUCUCUCUUUGAGACACAGGUUUUAGUAAGCACUCCACAUGGUAUAUUGGAGAUAUCCUCAGGUUUGCUUGGAAGACAUAACAUUUACAACAUUUUGGCUGCUGUAGCAGUUGGAAUUGCCGUUGGGGCACCUUUGGAGGACAUUGUUAGAGGAAUUGAAGAGGUUGAUGCGGUUCCAGGAAGGUGUGAGUUAAUAGAUGAGGAACAGGCAUUUGGGGUGAUUGUAGACUAUGCUCACACCCCUGAUGCAUUAUCUAGAUUACUGGAUUCUGUGAGGGAGCUUGGAGCAAAGAGGGUUAUUACUGUUGUGGGUUGCGGUGGGGAGAGGGAUAGAGGCAAAAGACCAAUUAUGACGAAGAUAGCAACGGAUAAGAGUGAUAUUACAGUUCUUACAUCUGACAACCCAAGGAAAGAGGACCCAUUGGACAUCUUGGAUGAUAUGUUGGCUGGAGUAGGAUUGACAAUGCAAGACUAUUUGAAACAAGGAGAGAAUGAUUACUACCCUCCUCUUCCAAAUGGUCACAGACUUUUCCUCCAUGAUAUUAGAAGAGUUGCUGUACGCUGCGCUGUUGCUAUGGGCGAGGAAGGUGAUAUAGUUGUGGUUGCUGGCAAAGGUCAUGAGACAUAUCAGAUAGAAGGCGAUAAAACCGAGUUCUUUGAUGACCGAGAGGAGUGCAGAGAGGCAUUGCAGUAUGUUGACGAGCUUCACCAGGCUGGAAUUGAUACUAGUGAAUUUCCAUGGCGAUUACCAGAGAGUCAUUAAAAAUCUUCCAAAUGGGGUAUAGAAAAUUGAAGCUACCCUGACAAAGCAAUACCGAUGCCUUAAGCCAAAUUACAUACCCGAUGUGGAAGAAUCUUGUCUUUCCUUCAUACUUUGUAAAAUUGUACGAGAACUAUGCAUGCGAUUGCGGUUUCAACAGUUAGUUUCGUGCGAAGAAAUUAGAAUGUUGUAAUUUUGGCAAGGCAUUUUGUAAUGUCAAUCAAAUAGGGUAAAUUUAGUUUAUUUGAAGCUCUGUUCUGUAUACUUGAGGAAGAAUACAGGUUGGUCCAUUUUUUCGCCUUCAAAAUCCAAGGCAUUUGUGUUGUAAAGAAAGCUGAAGCAGCAGUUGGAAGGUGCAAUUUUGUAAGCUGGCAGGUUUAGAUUUAGGAUUUUUAUUGCUAUGUAGAACAUCUUAAUUCUAUCCUAUGGUCAUAUAUCAUAUCCACUUAUGAUUUAAUGUAAAUAUUUAUAUAUAAAUUAUAGUAUUAUGAAUU